GGGAAGGAAGUCAGGCCAGGGGUAGGGCAGGGUUUGUGGCGAAUUGAAGGUCCCAGCAGAGAAGAGCUGCGGAUCGCCUGCCGGGCCUCAAUGCUGUCGCUGUGUCUAGCCUUUCUGCUGCUGCUCCCAGGGCUCUCUGAGGGGUGGGAAGGAGGGACUGCUUCCCAGGAGCUCGUCCCCUUCCAAUGCCAUCUUAUCUCUUCUUUUCAAAAUCACAGCUGGGUUCAGAACCUGGGCUCAGGCUGGCUCGGGGAUCUGGAGACCCACAGGUGGGACCCGCAGACUAGCACCAUUCGCUUCUUGUGGCCCUGGGCCCGGGGUCAUUUCGAUACGGAGCGCUGGGAAUGGCUGCAGAGAAUCAUACAGAUUUUCCUGAUCAGUUUUACACGGGAUGUGCAAGACUUUGUUAAGAUCUACGGGGAGAAUUACCCCUUUGUGAUCCAGAUGAGAGCAAGCCAUUCCCCAAAAUCUCCUGUGAGCUUCUUCCAGGUGGCAUUUAAGGGAAUAGACUUCAUGAGCUUCCAAGGAGAUUUAUGGAGGCCUGCUCCAGGUGCUGAAAAUAUGUCCCAGAUUAUCACCAGCAUUCUUAACCAGGACCAGGGUACCCGGAUCACAAUACAGAACUUACUCAAUCACACCCUUCCCCAGUUCCUUGAUGGCCUUCUAGACACAGGAUGGAGAGACAUUGAAAGACAAGUUAGGCCAGAAGUCUGGUUGUCAAGUAGUCCCACCCCUGUUCCAGGGCAGCUGAAACUACUUUGUCAUGUCUCAGGAUUUUACCCAAAGUCGGUGAGGGUGACUUGGAUAAAGAAUGGACAAGAGCAACCAGGAACAGGUGACCUCCUGCCAAAUUCAGAUGGGACAUGGUAUCUUCAAGUUAUUCUCAAUGUGGAAGAUGGAAAAACAGCCAAUCUGGCUUGCAGGGUAGAACACAGUAGUCUUGGUGGUCAGGACAUCAUCUGAUACUGGGCCAAAAGCUCUACCUGGCCCUUGGCUCUGGGGAUCUCAGCUGGGAUUGUUGUGGUGGUUUUGUUAGUAUUUGGAGUCAUCUGGUGGAAGAAUCAACAUAGGUCAUAUGAAGACAUUCUGUGACACUCUUCUCCCACUAUCUUUCUCCUAUUGGAGUCAAAGCCCUGGAAUCUCAGAAACUCGGUACUGUUUAACUCAAGAGUCAUAGCAGUCUGGAAUAUUUUGCCUCCUUAUUGUCCUCUUUCUCCCAGCAAGUAUUUGUAAUACAUGAGCUCCCAAAGAUAUAAACAUUGGCUUUCCUUCCUCUAAUACCGUCGACUUUAACUUUGGCUGUUAACACCAUUCCCUGUGAGCUCCCCCCAAGUACAAUGGAGGGGGGAAUGUUAACUGGAAAUUAAUUAUCUUUUUUUUACACAUUUUGUGUUCCUGGCACUACACUAGACAUAUGAGCAUAUGCAAGAGGAAAACAGGGUCCUUGCCUUUGAAGAGCUUGAAUCUCAAAGGAGGCUGACCAGGAGGGAAUACCAUAGAAAAGAUAAGUAGUCUAGUGAAGAGAAGACUUUUAUAGAUUAGAGAGGGGCAUGAUUGCUGUCUUUAAGUGUUUGAAAGUUGGCCAAGUUGAAGAAGAAUUAGACAUGUACUACUUUACCCCAGAAAUAAGAAUAAAGGGCAGUGGGUAGAAGUUGUAGAGAGGCACAUUUUGACUCAUUGCAAGAGAAACUUGCUGACAAUUACAUCUCUCCUAAAGAGGAACAGACUGUCUCAGGUCGUCAUGAGUUUCCUUGCACUGGAGAUCUCUAAGUGAAUGCUAGAUGGCUACUUGGUAGGAAUAAAAACAGUUUUCCCAUCCAAGUACAGACAUAUCUACCUCAGAGAUAUUGUGGCUUCUGUUCUAGAGCCCCACAAGAAAGUGAAUAUUGCAACAAAGUGAGUCACAUGAAUUUUUUGAUUUCUCAGUGCAUAUAAAUGUUAUAUUUAUGUUAUACUGUAACCUAUCAAGUGUGCAAUAGUAUUAUGUCUAAAGAAACAAUGUGUAUACUCUAAUUAAAGCUACAUUAUUGCAAAAAACAAUGCUGUCAUACGAGCUUUCAGUGAGUCAUAAUCUUUUUGCUG